CAAUGAAACUGUAAUGUUUUAAGAUACAUCACUUGUAUAUAGGAAUAUUAUCAGUUCAGUUUCUGUCUUGAAAAUGUUAAUUUCUGAUGGAGCACAUGUUUUGCUACGUAAAGAAAACUGUUACCAGUUUAUUAAAAUCUCCACAGAAAAGAAAGUGACGUUCGAUGGAAAAAAUUUCUCUUUAAAGAAUGCAAUUGGCUUGCCUUAUGGUUCUACAUUUCUAGUUUCAGGCGAUGAAGUUCAACCUAUUGCAUACAAGUCGUUAAUACCUGUUUGUUGUGAAUAUUCAGAAACUUUAUCCAUUAUAGGCGAAUUUAGAAGACUCCUCUUCAAAAGAUGAGGAAGAUAAAAAUGAAUCAAAAGAUAAUAGAAACAUCAAGUGUUCUCAAGUUGCGUCUUAAUGGUUUACCUGGUCAAGACAUUUUAGAACAAAUAGUAGAAGGCAGUAUGACUUUCGAGCAGAAAACUUCAUUCUCUCAGCAAAAGUAUCUCAAGAAAAAGAAAACUAAACACUUGAGUUUAUUCUCAAUUGAAAAACCUAAUACUCGUAUAAUCUUCGAGACGUACGGUAAUUUGCGUCCAGAAAAGUGUCUUGGAUUGCGUUUUGAAACUGUCUGUCGUAUCUUAUCUUAUGCUAAUAUUCAUGCUGGUUCAACUGUUCUUGUCUGUGAAACUUGUGCUGGACUUAUCACCAGAGCUGUACUUGAGCGUAUUGGUACAGACCAAGCUGAAGGAUCGGUGAUUCAAUUUUAUCAUGGUUCGGUACCUCCAUCAUUAGAAGCUAUGCUUCUACCAGGAAGUAUAUAUAAGCAAAAAGUUUAUCCUGUUAGUUUAUUGGAUGUAAUGCCAAUUUUGCUGCAUAAAGCUUUUGAAGAUAAAAAUAAUCAGAUUACAGAAACAACUGGUGACGAUUCUGAAAGCUUGGCUAAGAUUAGUAAAGUUGACGAUGAUAUAGUUUCUGAAGAAAAAGAGAAAAUUACAGAUCAAGAAACAGUAACAAAACAAGUUGAUACUAAUGCGCGAUACAUUUCUUCGUUCAAUCAUAUUUUUGGUAGUGAUCGUCCUUCACCCGAUGCCCUUGUCAUUAUUACUCGAUUUCAUCCUGUUGAUUUAACUUUAACCUUACUUCAAUUUUUGCCUAUUGGACGACCUUUUGUAGUUUAUUCACAGUAUAUUCAGGUAAGUUAAUCCUUUGUUAUGUGUAACCGAUGUUUCUUUCUAAAUGUCUACUAUUAUUAGCAUAGUUUAUUAUUCCUGUUAAGAUAUUUUCAAACGAUUGGCACUGAGUUCGAAUCCCUAUGGGAGUACUAUCACUCAUGCCUUUAUGUGGACGCAUUGAUCGCAUAUUCACGCUGUACACCCAACGUUUUUAGGCAACUCACUGGGUGCAUUAACAUUAGGACUCUGUCCUUUUCUUUGCGGAUGACUACUGCUUUUGUCUGUCCGUCUAAGAGAUGUGUUGGAAUGGGAUCCUUUAGGAUCCUCUAGAGCCCAUCACAUAAUUUGUUUCUAACCUCUUGUUGAUUUGUAUAACGCAUUAAAACAACGUGGAGGCAUAACACAUCUUCGUCUGACUGAUACUUGGUUUCGUCGUAUUCAAGUGUUACCUGAUAGAACACAUCCAGAGAUUAAUAUGUCAUGUACAAAUGGUUACCUUUUAAAUGGGUAUACUGUUGAACCAGAAAUAAGUACAAAAGCCUUAUUACAAUCAGGACUGUUAUCAUCUGUUUCUUAACUAUGUAUAUAUACAUAGUUCAACCUACUUUUUUAAUCGAUAAAGUGUAUAAAGAAUGCUUUUAUUGUCUUUCUUAAUAUAUACUACUUUUUGUAAUCA